UCUUAUAUUUUCAUAUGGUUUUCCUAGUAGGAAGAACACUCAUUUCUCCAAAACAGCAACAGAUCACUUAUAGAGGUAAUUUAAGUACCGAAUUUAGGGUGGUUUCUUGAGUCUUUAAGAAUGACUUAUUGGUCUCAAUUUUUAGGACUUUGUUGAUAUCAAUCAAAGAACGAACGUAGCAAAACUAUAUAAAAGAUUUUGCCUACUACUUAUAAUAAUAUUUUAAAAUGAUAGAUAAUGAGUUUACUGUCAAGAAGGUUAUUGGAAUGGGAGGAAGCUCCAAAGUGUUCCUCGCUCUCAACAAGGAGGGUCAGAAGGUCGCCAUCAAGGCGAUAAGGAAGGACAAGAACUAUAAGCGAGCUACUGCUUGCAAUAUGCUUCAGAGGGAACAUGACAUGCUUGAAAAAUUAGUGGACCAUCCCAACAUUAUUUCACCCCUUGGGUGAAAUUUUGAUGGGGAAGCUGAGAUGAAUGGAGAAGUUGAGCCAGUGAUGUACAAUGUCCUUGAGUAUGCUCAUAAUGGGGCAUUAUCACGGUUUGUGAGGUACACUGGAGGAAUUGAAGAAGAAAUUUCCAGGUUAUUCAUCCUUCAGAUCUGAGAUGCUAUCCAAUUUAUUCAUAAUCAGGGAUUUGCACAUCUAGAUAUCAAAUUAGAAAAUAUUCUACUGGAUGAAUUUUUUAAUAUCAAAGUAGCCGAUCUAGGAUCUUGAAUAAGUGUGUCUGAGAAUGGUGGCUUAAUCAAGAAUAGAAGAGGAACAGCUUUGUAUAUGGCACCGGAGGUUGCUUCAUUAAAGCCAAAGCAAAAAUUUAAUGGAAAGGCCGCCGAUAUUUAUUCACUUGGAGUUACGAUAUACCUCCUAUUAACCGGUGAAUUUCCGAAUUUACAGGAAAAAGAAAAUACUUCGAUUACCACUGGUUCAGAUUCAUCUGACAUAGAAAUGAAGGACGAGAGUCAAAAACCUCUUGAAAAAUUCUCCAAGCUUUCUGAGCCAAUGAAAUACCUUCUCCAAAAGAUGCUUCACUCAGAUCCUAGCGAACGACCUACCAUCACCGAGAUUCUCUCCUACCCAGACUUAUGCAGACCAGUCGACUCACUACUAAUCUCAGAUGCAUUCUCAGAGAUGACGUACCGUAAAAAGUACAUUCUCUCCUACUGUAAGACUUCUGGGGAAGGGUCUUCCAGACACAUUAUUCCUUAACCUUAAUAAGUUAACCAACUUU